AUGUCGACCGCCGCGCGCAGACGUCUCAUGCGCGACUUCAAGCGGAUGCAGACCGACCCUCCCGCCGGCGUCUCCGCCUCUCCCAUCGCCGACAAUGUCAUGACCUGGAACGCUGUGAUUAUUGGCCCGGCCGAUACGCCUUUCGAGGACGGCACGUUCCGCCUGGUGAUGCACUUCGAGGAGGCGUACCCCAACAAGCCGCCGGGUGUCAAGUUCAUCUCGGAGAUGUUCCACCCCAAUGUAUACGGCACGGGCGAGCUCUGCUUGGACAUCUUGCAGAAUAGGUGGAGCCCGACGUACGACGUGGCGGCCAUCCUGACCAGCAUUCAGAGUCUGCUCAACGACCCGAACACCAGCUCCCCCGCCAACGUGGAGGCGAGCAACCUGUACAAGGACAACAAGCGCGAGUACAUCAAGCGCGUGAGGGAGACGGUGGAGAAGAGCUGGGAGGACUAG